UGGGAGGCCUGAGUCUCCGGGUACAGGCCCGAGAUGCCGGGGCUCACCUGGCGGGAGCGGGCAGAUCGAAGGGGCGCGCCUGUGUGUGCGCGUGUUUGUCCUGUCAGGGCAACUGAGAAGCAGUGGCCGCGAGGUCAAGUGUGGGCUGAGGCCGGUGCAAGGGAGCGGAGGCAUGAGGCAGGGGCAGAUGAUGUCGCCGUGGAGACUGCUGAGGAAGCAAAGGAGCCUGCUGAGGCUGACAUAAAUGAGCUCUGUCGGGACAUGUUCUCCAAAAUGGCAACUUACCUGACUGGGGAACUAACGGCCACCAGUGAAGACUAUAAGCUGCUGGAAAAUAUGAAUAAACUAACCAGCCUGAAGUAUCUUGAAAUGAAAGAUAUUGCUAUAAACAUUAGUAGAAACUUAAAGGACUUAAACCAGAAGUAUGCUGGACUGCAGCCUUAUCUGGAUCAGAUCAACAUAAUUGAGGAGCAAGUAGCAGCUCUUGAGCAGGCAGCCUACAAGUUGGAUGCAUAUUCAAAAAAACUGGAAGCCAAGUACAAGAAGCUGGAGAAGCGAUGAAAAACUACUGGUUUACUGUGGGGACAAAGUCUUUUUUAAUGUGGGAAGAAUGUUUUAUGAGACCUGAAUCUUGAGGUUGAUGAAUUGUCAAAACUCCUCAAAAGGCAACUAUGCUGGUCGUCCCAGAAACAUAGCAACAUUGGAGUAAACUGGAGAACUAUGGCUGUCCCUGGAAGAACUUCUUUUGAGGCAGAAUCCUCAGAAACUCAACAACUCCUUACCUUUUACUUGAAUGCUUCAUCAUCCAUUCAGGACAGAGAGUUUCUCAAAGUUCAGAUAAACCUGGGCCUGCCAGUAGAAUCAAAUGAGAGGAGCUCUUUACCCUGGUAGCAGUUGAUUACUAUAUUACUUUCUUAAAUGGUUGGUUUUUGAGUUACUGUGUAAAAGGUUGUUUUUUUCUAUCAAGGAUGUAAUGUAUUGCUAACAAGAUUCUAAAUUAAAAAGGGAAAACAAAA